AUGAUCCCCAAAUGGAGGAGGAGUGCCAGGCUCUCUAAGGUGACGAGAGUCUUCAAAGAUUUCGAGGGCUGCUGCGCCGCCUUGAUCAAAGGCCUCACAACCGUUGCAGAUUCAGCUGAGUUUUACUUGCAGUGCGAUCCUGCAGAUCUAGAGGGAGAUCAAGCUCUCUACGGGUUUCAUGAUGGGCACUGGAAAGUCAAAGUUCCUGAAGAAGAAAUGCCACCCAAACUUCCGGAACCCACAAUCAUCAUUGAAGUUCCCAAAGAUGAAAAGCUGUUUGAAGAAUGGCUAUCCAGCGUUGCUGCCUUCAGUGAUGCAUGGUUGCUUUUUGUGAUGUCCCACUAUGCUAAAAAUCUCAAGUUUAGCAAGGCUGAUAGGUCUAUUUGGUGGAAGAGUCAAGAGCCCGAGCACUCUUCUACAUUGACUUUCUUGGGACAGCUUUUCAGUAUGAUAAGCAAGCUUCCAACAGUACUUGAGGUUGUGAAGGAGGUGAAGCCAGCACCAGCAGUCCUGAAUAAUAGCAGCUGCCAUCCUGGCCCUAACUCUGAGAAUCAGAGAGAUUCAGAACCGCAUAGCGAGAGCCAUCUGGUGGCUGUUCAUCCGAAGCCUGAGGAUAAGGAUAGGUCGGCAUUGCAAGAAGAACGCAAAGAUGAACCUGGAGGAGACAGAUAUCAAGAGCAUCGAAAGGCAGAUCUUGAAACUCCAGCAGAUUCAAAGAAUAGGGAGGAUAGGCUGUUUGCUCAGAAUGAAGUUGAGAGGCUGCAGCAUCAGAUUUCCAUAAUCCGAUAA